GUAGCACCAUCAGUUAUUUAGAACUGCCAUCAAAGGCAGUCAUAACAUCAUUUAAAUUAUUUAAAUUGAUCCAUUUCAUUCCAUAGUGCUAUUACAGCCUGUGUUGUAAAUUCUAAAAAAGUCUAAGUUGCAAAUAUUUGUUUUUUAACAAUGGCGACUCUCCAGUCUUUGUUUGCGCUGAUGGUAUUGGUGACUGUCUGCAGUGCUGCACCUAAAAAACCAACCCUAAAAAUUCCCGAAGAAUGUAAAGGGAAAGGUUUUUGUUCAAUUAAACCAGAAGGAUACGACGAAAUGCAAGAUGAGGUCAAAAAACUUUUGAAUAAUCAAUUUAUUGCUCAAAACUUUGCUGAUCGGAUCGGAGAUGAUGUCACGAUGGGAACGACAGAACUUUCUCCUGAGAGCGACUGGCAUAACUGCCCUUCCAGAAAGAAGCGUGAGCAGAUGUAUAUCUUCAGUCAUUCCAAUGACACGCAAUCAGCAGACUACAUAAUCCAAAAUGAUAUGAUUCAGCAGCCCGUCGACAUCGUCUCUUGCGCGAAUGAUUUAAUUAGUACAGAGAACUCUGAGAAAGAAGAAUGCUUCCAGCACUUUGGUUUAAGUUCUUUUAACUUGAAAUCGAAAUGCGAGACAUCAUACACUUUCCGCAACUAUUUUGUUUACGAUUAUAAUAAAAAAGAAAUUGUUAUUAAGUCCUACGAAGUACCUUGUUGCUGCACUUGUAAGAUUAGUAGCUCUCAGUAAUUAAAACUUCACAUUUAGUGAUGGACCCAAAAUAGUUCCUUGUGGCAUUCCGAAAUACAAACUAAUUUUAUCACAUCGCCUUGUCCUGUUAUAUUUGAAAAAAAAAAAAUGUAAGCAGCUUAAUGUACGAUCAUUUUGACGUAAAUUAAGCAGUUAAAUCAUGCAAUGAUUUUGUAAUAUUUUUGAGACUGAUUUUUUUCUAGAAUUAUUCAUUAGUUUAACAAAAUCUUUUUUUAUCCAAACUUUGAUUACUUUUAAGUAUGUAGUUAUACUUAACCAUUUUCUAUAUGGUUACAAAAUUGAUCUGGCUUAAUAUGUUUUAUACUGAUUUAUAAAUAAGUAAGAAAAAAUAUUCUUGUACAAUUGCUGUGUUAGUAUUAAAUUAAAGUAUUUUUAAGAAUUUGUAUCUGGUAUACAACACGAUGAAUAUAAAGCUUUGUUAAAUUAUUGAAAUUAUAUUGUUUAAUUUAAGAAAUAGAAUCAAUGCAACUAUAAUAUUGGUUCCUUUUGACACCUCACUUACCAACAUCAAGUAUGGUAAAAUCUCACAACACAAUAUACUCUUACAUUAACCUACCUCAAAUGAGACAAUGAAUAAAAGAAUAAGAUAGUCAUCAAACAACAAAUGUCAAAGAUCUGUGUAAUCUAGAGUCAAAAGCAGAUGAAACUGCACGAAUCUGGCUUUUUGCACAUAACACUACUUAAUAAAGAACCUUAUUAUCGCAUAUAUAAAACAAAUAUAAUAUUCCGUUACGUCUGAUACACACGGCCAUUCAAAGACAUCAACUCAAGUGAAAAAAUCAUUGUGUUCAUACGAUUUUGAACCUUAUGUCUCAAUAACAAUAUUUAUAACCCGUUACAGAAAUUUGUUGGUAUCUGAUAAGGAAGUGUAGUAAUAUAGUUAGUAUUCAAUGAACUUUCAACCUUAUUAACUAGCCGAUAGAUUCAAAUUUGGCUUGUUUUAAGGAAACUGGUGAUCAAUUCCAACUAUUGCUUCUUUAUUUGUUCAAUGUUUGUCAUCGGUUUAGUGGCACAGAGGCAGAAUGGUCCUUAUUUAAACGAAGGUAUAAAUAUGAUUUACAGAAUAUUAAUUUACUCAGUGAGUACCUAUGUAGUUACUAAAAUAAAAAAGAGGCUAUAGUGAUGUAAGAAAAGUUUGUUAAAUUACCCUGGUAGGGCUUUUCCAAAGGACCAAUUAAUAAAGGAAAAAUAAAAAAUAUAUACUACUUUGUAUGCUGUAAUUGCCC